CCAAACCGCCCUUGGGCGGUUUGGUUCAGGUUCAAAGAUUUCUUGAAUCGGAACCGGCGGUUCAUGAACCGUGGCCAUGUCUAGGUACGUGGGGUGGUUUGUUCGUGGAUGCUUCUGGAAUGUUUGAAGCUUGGCUUCGUCCCAAUUUCGCAUUCGACUCUCUUGCCCGGCAGUACGCUACUCGAUCCUUCUGGAAUCUCCUUCGCCUUCUUGUUUCCUUCCUUCUGCAUUGUCCAAUCGGAGUCCUUUGCUUACCCACGACGGAUGGGUAGUCUGCUCAACUCACUGCCCAUUGCUUCCCAGCAUAAAGCGGCCCUCACGCCUACAUUCUUGGUUUUUGAUUAUCCCGAGAGCGAGAGAGAGAGAGAGAGAUUCAUCAAUGGAGCGGGGCAAUUACAGACGUGGAAGGGGCCGUGACGGCGGCGGAGGAAGGCGCGGAGGGAGAGGACGAUGCGGCGGCGGCCGAAAUCAACAGCACCAACACCGGUACUAUCAGCAGCAGAGCCAGUACCAUCAGCACAAUCAAGGCGGCGGCCGCGGCGGCCGAGAUCAACAGCAGCAGCACCAGUUCUAUCAGCAGCAGAGCUGGUACCAUCAGCACAAUCAAGGCGGCGGCGGCGGCCGCGGAGGCCGAGAUCAACAGCAGCACCAGCACUACCAACAGCAGGGACAGUACAAUCAGUACAAUCAAGGUGAAGGGGGCCGAGGAACUGGAGGCCGAGGAGGAGUGGGUAGAGGUCUCAGUUACGCUGCUGCUGCUUCGGCUGUGCAACCGCCUCAGCCGCCUGCUCAGCAGUGGGGCCCCCCUAGGCCCUACGGAUCAGCCGGUGAGAGCUCAGCCCGAGGCGCUGGGGGACGAGGGGCUUGGGGGCCCGGUCCCAGGGCAUGGCGUCCUGCUACUCCCUCUGCCCCGGCUCAGCCAGAUAGAGCUCCCGAACCUCCUUCUACUGAUUUCCAGUCACUGAAGAUAUCAGAACAUCCAUCUGCAUCAUCCCUCCCUCGAACUCCUGGGAAUGAUCUGCAACCUGUGAAAAGACCUGAUGGAGGCGGCAGGCAUUCCAUUAAGUCACUGAAGCUUCUUGCUAAUCAUUUCCGAGUGAAUUUCAAUCCAAAUACUAUCAUUAUGCAUUAUGAUGUAGAUGUUAAGCAGGAGGUUCCACCCGAUGGUCAUUCUGCAAAAAUUCAGAAAUCCGACCUAAGAAUGAUCAAGGACAAGCUGUUCUCUGAUGAUCCUUCUCGAUUUCCUCUGUCGAUGACUGCUUAUGAUGGUGAGAAGAACAUAUUUAGUGCAGUUCCACUUCCCGAAGGAAAGUUCAAGGUGGACUUCCCUGAUGCAGAAGAUAAGAAGACCAAGUCUUACAUUGUUACUAUAAAGGCUGUAAAACGUCUGCAGUUUUGCAAGCUUCGUGAUUACUCGAGUACAGACAGCCAUGGCCAGUCUGUUCCACGUGACAUACUACAAGGAAUGGAUUUGGUAAUGAAGGAAAACCCAUCUAGGCAUAGAAUUUCAGUUGGUCGCAAUUUUUACCCAAAAGCGUUCAAUAACGAGGAUGAUCUUGGUGGUGGAAUUACAGCAUCUAAAGGCUUCCAACAAGGUCUGAAACCCACUUCCCAGGGUCUUGCGCUGUGUCUGGACUACUCAGUUUUAUCUUUCCACAAGCGGUUGCCUGUCAUUGAUUUCCUUAAGGAGCAUAUUCCUGGAUUUAAAGAGGCAAACAAUGUGAAAAGAUUGAGAAGUCAUGUGAGUGGUUCAUUGGAAGGAUUGAAAGUUACUGUAACUCAUCGCAAGACCAACCAAAAGUAUACUAUCAAAGGAUUAACUGAAAAGGACACAAGGAAUAUUUCAUUUGGUUUGGAGGAUCGUGACCAAGAGGGCAAGGUUCUGGUGAAAGACAUUAACCUUGUUACGUUUUUUAAGGAAAAGUAUGACAAGGAAAUCAUACACAAGGAUAUACCCUGCUUAGAUUUAGGGACAGCUGGUAAGAUAAACUAUGUACCAAUGGAAUUUUGUGUCUUGGUUGAGGGACAGAGGUAUGCAAAGGAGAAUUUGAGCAAAGAAGGAAGACAGUAUUUCAAGCGCAUGUCUCUGCCUCUACCGAAGGAAAGAAUGAACACUAUCUGUGAAAUGGUGCGGGCUGACGAUGGACCUUGUGGAGGUGGUAUUGCUCAAAAUUUUGAACUUCGGGUUAUCCAGAGCAUGACCGAAGUGGAAGGCCGCGUCAUUAAUCCACCUCGGUUGAAGGUUGGUGCUCACGACGGCAUAGUGAGUGUUGACAGGGAGAAGUGUCAGUGGAACCUUGUGGAGAAAUCGGUUGUGGAUGGCAAACCAGUUGAACGCUGGGCAUUGAUAGAUUUUAGCUCCAGAUUAAAUAUUGAUCAUUUUGUUAAGAAGCUAAGGAGUCGGUGCCAAAAGCUUGGGAUUCGGAUGGAGAAACCACUGGUUUGUCCUCAAACUAAUAUGAGGCCAUUCUCUGACAUUAAAAUGCUUUAUAACACCGUUGUCGACGUUGUUAGGAGGAGCCAAGGUCAACUGCAAAUCAUUGUGUGUGUGAUGGCUGGACAACAUCCUGGCUACGGGUUUCUCAAAUGGCUCUCUGAAACCCAGAUUGGCGUAGUAACUCAAUGUUGUUUGUCCAAACAUGCUAGCCAAGCAUGUGAUCGGUUCCUUGCAAACCUUGCUCUCAAGAUCAAUGCCAAGCUUGGAGGCAGCAAUGCAGAGCUCGUAGAUCCGCUCCCCCGUUUCGAGGGUGAAGGCCAGGUCAUGUUUGCGGGGGCUGAUGUGAAUCACCCUCCUGCAGGGAAUAAAACAUGUCCUUCCAUGGCAGCAGUUGUUGCUACUGUUAAUUGGCCUGCUGCAAAUCGCUAUGCUGCCAGAAUUUGCCCUCAGUACCAUCGGAAAGAACGUAUUCUGAACUUUGGGAGCAUGUGUCUUGAACUUAUCCAGACUUAUGCUAGGAUUAACAAAGUCAAGCCGGAGAGGAUAGUGAUAUUCCGUGAUGGGGUAAGUGAGGGGCAGUUUGAUAUGGUUCUCAACGAGGAGUUACGUGAUCUAAAGAAGGCCAUUUAUGCGGAAGAUUAUCAUCCAACAAUAACUGUUAUCGUAGCCCGGAAGAGACAUCAGACUCGUUUAUUUCCGGAGACUCCUAGGGAUGGGGGACCCACCGGCAAUGUGCCGCCUGGGACAGUUGUGGACAGAACAAUCACUCAUCCAUUUGAGUUUGAUUUCUACCUUUGCAGCCACUAUGGGAGUCUGGGAACAAGCAAGCCUACCCACUACUAUGUUCUCUGGGAUGAGCACAACUUCACUUCUGACCAGUUGCAGAAGCUCAUCUUCGACAUGUGCUUCACCUUCGCUCGGUGCACAAAACCAGUUUCUCUUGUUCCUCCGGUGUACUAUGCCGACCUUGUUGCAUAUAGAGGGCGGAUGUACCAAGAGGUGGUGACGAGGUUUAAUCCAGGCUCUGCAGCAGCAUCUUCAUCUUCAUCUUCUGCGGCAUCCUCGUCUGGUCCAUCAUUUGAUGAAGGGUUCUACAAGCUGCAUCCCGAGCUUGAGAACAUAAUGUAUUUUGUCUGAAUGCAGAAGACAACCGGCCGACCUCCUUUGCCAUAUAGGCUUUGAUGGAAGCUGAUUUUGCAAACUGCGCUUGUGCUCAGGGAGGGAAGAUCAAACCUCCAUUUCUCCAGAGGUAAAAGGAGUUUGUGCGUGAAUCUAAUCAGUCGUUUCAUGCUUUUGUGUUGCCUUUCCACCCGAGAGGUUAUGAAUAAACUAUAAUGCCAAUGUAGAAUUGGCACGGUGUGUGUGUUCGUGGGUUUGUUGUUGGAUUUCAAGUUGAUGUGGUUUGUGGUCUUGUUCCUCUGUAGUGUGUAGACUAAGUUUGUUGCAUAUACAUUGUAAUGAUAGUUUGGUUGUGUUUUGUGUUACUUCACCAGAGUCUCUGGGGCCUUUUUUUAUUGGUCCUCCUACUGCAUA